AUGGCGGCGGCUACGCAACCCGAGCAGCCGGACCUGGGCUGCCUGGUGGACGAGCUCUGCGCGUCGGGCCGCUCCGCCGAGGCGCACCACCGCGUCGCGCUCCUCCUCUCCACAUCCUCCCCGUGGCGCCGCCUCGACGGACCCACCGCCAACGGCCUCCUCCGCCGCCUCCUCCGUGCCCGCACGCCCCUCCUCACGCUCCGCCUACUCCAGGCCGCCCCGUUCCUGCCCUCCCUCCCCAACUACAACCGCCUCCUCGCGCUCCUCUCCUCCGCCGCGGCACCAUGGCUCCUCCUCCUCGCCCACCGCCUCCUCAUACGCAUGCGCGUGCCCCCGGAUGCCGCCUCAUACGCGGCGCUCCUCAGCGGCUACGCCAACGCCGCCGACCCUGCCGCCGCCCACAACCUGCUCGACGAAAUGCAACACUGGGGCCUCGCUCCCAGCUCCCUCGCGCAAACCUACCUCGUCAAGGCCUUCCUCCGCAGCCGCGACGUCGAGGCCGCCAUGAACCUCGUCGACAACCGACUCUGGCCAAGCAUGGAGCGGCUCCACAACGAGGACCAGGGGCUCAAGAACGCCGCGUUCGCCAACCUCGUGCAGUGCCUGUGCGACGAGGGGUUCUUCCACCUCGUCUUCCGCGUCGCGGAGGAGAUGCCGCAGCGUCGGUGUGGCGUCCCCGACGAGUUCGCCUACGCCCAGAUGAUCGACUCGCUGUGCCGGGCUGGGCAGCACCAUGGCGCGUCUCGGAUAGUGUACAUCAUGGGGAAGCGGGGCCUCUGCCCGAGCACCGUGUCCUACAACUGCAUUGUUCACGGGCUGUGCACCAGUAAGAAGCCCGGGGGACGCCUCAGGGCAUACCAGCUGGUGACGGAAGGCGUGCGUUUCGGGUAUCGGCCGAGAGAGGUGACAUUCAAGGUACUCGUCGAGGAGCUCUGCCGGGAGAAAGAGCUCGCCAAGGCCAAGGAUGUCCUGGAGCUGAUGCUGCAGCCCCAAACUGGUCAUGACAAGCCUGAUGAGGAGACCAGGACUAGGCUAUACAAUAUGUUCCUUGGGGCGCUGCGUGCCGUGGACAACCCCAGCGAGCAGCUCAGUGUGCUCGUGUCCAUGCUGCAGGGGGAAUGCAGGCCGGAUGUAAUCACCAUGAACACUGUUGUCCAUGGCUUCUGCAAAGUUGGGCGGGCCCAGGAGGCUAGAAAGAUUGUGGACGACAUGAUCAAUGGGAAAUUCUGUGCUCCUGAUGUCGUCACGUUCACCACCCUCAUUUCUGGAUACCUGGAUGCAGGCGAGCAUGCAGAAGCCCUGCAUGUGCUGCAUACUUUGAUGCCCCGGCGCCGGUGCGCCCCUAAUGUUGUCACCUACAACUCUGUCCUCAAGGGACUGUUCUGCCUUGGGCAAGUUGAGGAAGCAAUUCAGCUCUUCGACGAAAUGAAGUCGAAUAAUGUUGUUGCCGACUCUGUUACUCACACGUUGGUGAUCAAAGGGCUGUGCGGGGCAGGACAACUCGAGAAGGCAAAGGCAUUUUGGGAUAAUGUAGUCUGGCCAUCUGGGAUACAUGAUGGUUAUGUGUACAGUGCAAUCUUCAGAGGCCUUUGCAAACUCGGGAAACUGGAACAGGCAUGUGAUUUCCUGUAUGAGUUAGUUGACUGUGGGGUUUAUCCCGGUGUCGUGUGCUACAAUAUACUCAUCGACACUGCCUGCAAGCAGGGGUCUAAGAAGUUAGUCUAUCAGGUGGUGAAGGAGAUGAGAAGGAAUGGCCUUUCACCAGAUGCUGUCACAUGGAGGAUUCUUGACAAAUUGCAUCUGUAUAGCAAUGAAGAACAAGAGGAGGACCGCCAGCUCCCCACUUAUCAUAUGGAUCAAAGUUGUGUGGAUGACGGAGUACAGCCUCUCAUCUCAGCCAAAAAUGAGAUACCUUCUUUAUUGUCAUCGUCAAAACAUCUCGAUGAAGUAUACAAGAAUAACAACAAAGCUAAGGUUGAAGAUGUUAGAUGCUCACCAGAAAUGCCCGAGAAGCCUUCUGAUUUUACUGAGACUAACAGAGAACAGGACUAUGUGAUAGAUGAUUCAGCAAGUGGAAUAAUAAUGGAGAAAGGUUAUACACUCAGGGAUGAUGACUUCGACAUGCAGGAUAAGCAACCUCUAAGAGGACCACUGUCUAGAGUAGUUAGAAAGGUUUUUGGCCUGCUCUAGAACAAGAACAGGUGUUGCUGGUUAGAAGGGGAACAGUUAGAAUAUUGUUUAAUGGAGGCU